GGGAUACGAACUUUAUUUUCGGAUUACUAUGAAUAUCCGUCUGUUGGACGAUUUUAUCUUACUUUAACUAAGGAUACGAACCAAUCGGUAUUAAUGAAAUUAAUAGAAGAUAUACAGGAGGUAGUAAUGACUCAAACAUGGAUAGUCUUAGUCGACUCAGUGACAGCAAGAACAUUAAUCAAUUGUUCUAAUAGCCUUAAUCAUAAUGAUUCACAAUAUUGGAUUGUAUACGAACAAAACCUUGACUGUUCAUUUAUUUGUGAUAUUAAUCCAGUAACUGGAGUAGAAAACUGUUUAACAAUGAAUAGUCGAAAUAAGUUGUUUUGUUUGAACGUUGAUCUGGGCGAUAGUAAUCAAAAUGAGACAGAGUUGAUAAAAACUUAUUUCGGGAAAACAUGGAAUAAUGCAUCAGUUAAACAGUUUGACAUCCUAUCUGCAUAUGAAACUGUCAAGUCAACACUACUGGCCCUUGACUCAUUAGUGAUCAAUAACCGAUGGCCGGAUAAUUUCAAGCCGUCGGGUUCCUCUAUAAAAGUCUGCAAUCAACCAAAUAGGAUCAUUGAUGCAUCAUCAACAAGAUUUUAUCGUUUUGCAGAAGCUAUAACUAUGCUACCCAAGAGAAAUAGUACUAUUGGAUUGAUUGAUUUUAAUGGAACCGUAACGAAUCAACGAGUCAAGUUUCAAAUGACAGAAUGUUUUGGAAAAUCUAAUACAUCAAAAGCUGGUUGUCAUCGUUCGAGCAUUAGCUUUCUUUAUCCAGAAAUGAUAGUUCAAAGUCUUCAAAAUUUAAGUCGAUCAGCCAGUCGUCAACUGCUGCACGUUAGUGUUUUGCACGAUCCACCGUAUGCAGUACGUUUAGGCGAAAAUCAAUGGACAGGAUAUUGUGUAGAAGUAUUCAAAGAAAUCGCGAGACGUUUAGACUUUGAUUAUACGUUCGUUGAACAAACUGAUGGGGAUUACGGUGUAAGACUUCCAAAUGGUCACUGGUCAGGAAUUAUUGGUCAGGUUGCCAGGAAGAAUACUGAUGUUGGCCUUGGACCACUAGUACAAGAUGCCGAAAGAUCAUUGAUUGUUGACUUUACAGUGCCGUAUUAUGAUUCAGUUGGUAUAACAAUGGUGAACAAGGUGAAUGAAGACCUAAAACUUGGUGCAUUGUUUUUUCUUGAGGUAUUUGCAUGGGAUGUAUGGGUGACUACUGUGGUUGUUGUAUUUCUGAUUGGCUUUAUGUUGGCCUUUAUUGAUAAGUAUUCGCCGUACAGUUAUCAGAAUCAACUGAAAGAAGGCGAUGGUGAAUCAAUGGGUACAGUGUUUACGGUGAAAGAAGCCUUAUGGUAUGUCUUAGGUUCAUGUACUCAACAAGGUGAAUACAUGGAUCCACGUUCAGCUUCAACGCGUGUCCUAGUCGCUGGACUCUGGUUGUUAGUUCUCAUUAUCAUUGCAAUGUUUUCAGCUAAUCUGGCGGCGAAAUUAACAGUUACUGGUUUGCGAGGUGAAAUUACAACAUUCAAACAGUUAAUUGAACAAGACACAGUCAAGUAUACAAUUAUAAAUAAUUCAACGGAAAUGAGGUUCUUUGAGAAAUUGAAGAAUGCCGAAGAAGUAAUCUUUGAAAUAUGGAAGCAACAGGUUGUGUAUAACAAUGAAUUUACUUCGAAUUAUACACUAUGGCAAUAUCCUGUCACUGAAAAAUACGGACUACUCUACAGUAGAAUGAAAGAAUGGGGUUUCACCAAUCGCCGCGAAGAAACUCUACAACUUAUUAAGGACGGCUGGGUGAUAUUCAUGGAGACUCCCAAAGCUGAUUAUUACAUUGCAAAGGAAUGCAAAAUUAAACGAUUUGGCAAACGUAUUGGUAGUUGGUAUUACAGCAUGAUAUUACUUCCACGCUCUCCUUUAACUUCUCUGUUUAAUGAAGUUAUUUAUGCAAUGGAAGCUGAUUAUACAAUUGACGCUUUAAAAGCUAAAUGGUGGGCAAGUGAAACAAGUAAAUGUGAACCGAUUGCAGCUGAUGAAGGUUACGGUUUCGAGGAAGUGGGUGGUAUGUUUACACUACUUAUCUGUGGACUUGUAAUUGGUGUUAUUUUAUUGGCUGGUGAAAUCAUUGUCUUUCAAAUACUCUUGAAGAAGCAAAAAGCAAAAGUCGAACCUGAACCACCAAACUCACCACCACAUUCUCCUACAGCAGACAACGAGCCAGUAAGCGUACAAGAAGGAAAGGAAGAAAGUGUUGAUAAUACUCCCCCAGCUAUUCCAAUCGCACCGGCUUCAGUUACAGUUACUACAACAGAUUAUGAUGAAGAGGAAGCCGACAAAGCAGUGCAAUCAUCUUAAAUGGGUAUAUUCGUAAAAAAGAAAAAAAUAACAGCAAACUUUAACAUAGAUAUACAGAGAAAAAUAAUUCACCUGGCUGCAUGGAAACUCAACCCAUAUAGUAUGUAUUUAUUUUUAUAGCUGUAGAGUAAUUAAAUCAAGAUUCACCUUAGUUAAACAAUAUACUACUAUAGAAAUAC